UUCGUCGUCGAUUCUUCGAAAACGAUAAAAAAAAGAAAAGAAAAGAAAAGAAAAGAAGAAAAUAAUCUAAAACGCAAAGAAUUCGCUCGUCUUUCAGAACGAUUGUCCUUCGGAGUGGGCCGUCUGGUGGGUUCUCCGGCGACGAGGAGUCCCUCCCCGUCGCACUCGCCCUGCCCGGACUCUCCCCCGUCGGAUCGGCGAGACGGCGAGGUGGACGUGGACGUGGAAGAGGAGGAAGUGGACGUGGACGUCGAGGAGGUCGGCGACGAGGACGAUCGCGAUGCCACGUCGAGCCCACCCCGAUCUUCGACCACCCCUUCGCCGACAAGCGUCGCGAUAUCGCCCACCUUGAAUCCACCCAAGAAAUCAGGCGACAGUUUCAGCGUCUCUGCCCUUCUCAGGCCGGAUCCACCCUCUGCCCACCUGCAAAACGCGUCCCCUCACAGGGACGCGGCCUCGAUCGGCGCCCAUCCACCUCCACCCGGAUCCUCCAUGCUCUACCCACCCCUUCACCUUCAAGGUGGGCUGUUGCCACCCCAUCCUCACCAUCCUUUGUCGUACCUGCACCCUCAAUUGCUCCCCCAUCAUUUGUUACCUCCACACUUGCUGCUGCGUGGCGUCCAUCCGGCUCAUCCUGGACUCCACUCCACCCACACCGCGCACGGCCUCCAUCAUCAUCCUCUCGGUGAUGUCUACAGUUGCGUCAAAUGCGACAAGAUGUUCAGCACGCCUCACGGUCUCGAG